GACGAGUGUACACCUCGAUCGUACCAUACAAUUCAAAGUAACUCCAAAUAUUUUUUUUUUCCAAUUUUCGGUGGAUUUUACUGUGAAAGACAACCAAUGGUAAAAUAGUAUUCCGCGUGUCUAUAACCCGUAUCUUCGUGUAAAACAGUGUUCAUCGUCGUCUACGCGUCAUGACGAGCGAUAUAAUCAACUAUUCUUCGCGACACAAUUAUCAGCCGAACUAUUCAGUCAAACAAGAAUGCAUGACGGCCAUCGGCGCGGCAGCUGCGCCGCCGUCGUCGUCGUCAGCAGUGGCCACCGACGGGCGGUACGUCGUCCAGGACCUGUCUCCGUCGGCCGCGUCCUACUGGAUGCCGGGCGCGGAACAGCAGCAGCUAGUGACCUGUGUCGUCGGCCACCCGAUCGGUAGCACCGCUUCGUCUUCGUCGUCGUUCGUGGACGACGAGUCCACGUCGUACGAGGAUAUUACGUACAACAAUUACGGGCCAUCGUCGGUAGCCGCGUUGCAGGCCUCCGCCGUGGCCAACUGCGAUUACGGUGGCCUCUACGGUCAUCAUCUGCAUCAGCAGCAGCAGCAGCAACAGCAACAGCAACAGCAACAACAACAGUUGCAGCUGCAACAACCUUUGAUGCAGUACGGCAACAACGUCGGUUACUACGACGGCGGCGGCGGUGGCGGCGGUGGCGGCGGUGGCAGCGGUUACCAUCAGCUCGGUCACUUGCAGGGCUACGACGAAAAGCCGGUGGCGUACGACAACAACAACGCGGCCGACGUUUGCGACAUGAAUUCCGCAGCAACGGCCGCCCCAGUGGCCGUCGCUUACGACGACCCGUACGCCGCGCCCGCCGUGCAACAGCUGGAUCGACUGCAGCCUCUAACACCUCAGUAUCGUUCUGCACAACAAAACGGCAAUAACAACAAUAACAACAACAACGUCGUCGUCGCCGACAACGACGACAACGACCGCGACGACGACGCAAUAGACAACGACGACAACGAUAAAAGACUGCAACUGCGACGGCGACAACAACUGCAACAACAACAGCAUCUUCUGCAGCAACAGUGCAGUUCUUCAGAGUCUGCACCGGCCACUCUGAUGCCGGCCGCGGUGCCUGUGGUGCGCAUCGUUAAGCGCAGGAACACGGCCAACAAGAAGGAACGGCGGCGGACGCAGAGCAUCAACAACGCAUUUUCCGACCUCCGGGACUGCAUACCCAACGUACCGUCCGACACCAAACUGUCGAAAAUCAAAACGCUUCGUUUAGCCACAUCCUACAUUGGUUACCUGAUGACCGUGCUGGACAGCGACGACCCGGACACGGACGGUUUCAAGGCCGACCUGUCCGCACACACGUCCAAGCGGUCGUUGCAGACGUCACACGUGCAGGUCGAUAAGACCCCUCAGCAGCAGAUGAUGGUCGCCCGAAAUCCUUUGAAUCCUGCCAAUGACCAUCAACACCAAGAACAUCAACACCACCACAAACGGAGCAAAGGCAGGACCGGAUGGCCACAAGACGUUUGGGCAUUAGAACUUAAACAAGAACAAGUGUAACGACGCGCUUGGUGCAUGCCUUUUCGGAGACUUUUUUUGUUAUUAAAGAAUGAUCAAAUCAUGUAGAGACAGAAAUAUUAAAUGUUAUGUCUACGUGUAGGAUCACCAUUGCCGAUCCUAAGUGUAUAUGUAGUUAGAAGUAAUAAAUUAUCAGUUAUAAACAUAGUAUACUAACUAUGUGUAUAACAAUAUACAUGAAAGCAUACACAAACUACAAUAUGCGGCAUAAGUUUAUUAAAUAUUUAUUCUUGCAACGAUUCAUCGCGCUGAAAAACCAUGUUAUUAUUAAUACCUAAGAUUGCAGUUAAACAUAUUUUUAUUUAUUUUUGUUUUUUGUGUACAACACAUUUAAACCACAAAAUUGCCACGAAAGUAGCUAGUUUAUUAUAUAUAGAACAAAAUAUGUCUUUAUAUAAAAGUAAAAAAAAAAAAAAAAACAGAAAGUCAAUGGGUCAAUCCUCGCGGCAACACACAA